AUGACUCGUAUCUUCUUCUUCUCCUUUGUCUUUGCUCUCGCCUUGGCUCUCGUCUUGGCUCAAUCGGACGACGGCAUUGUUGUGAGAACCUGUGGCAAAAGUCUCUACAAUCGAGUGUUCAGCCUUUGCGGGGAUUAUUGCUCAGCUAAGUCGGAAGGAAUCUCCCUAACCCACGCCUGCCGUUUCGGAUUGUCGGACAACCAAUUGGUACAACUAUGUUGCCCAAGCAAGAUUUGA